AAUGUCCAAUGACCUUGAGUCCAACAUGUCUUAACGAUAAGAGAUAAGCGAAGGAACCAGUAAAUAUAGAUUGUGAAGCACAGGAAUAACGUCAGUAGUGCGCAGGUGAAUUCAAGAUACGGGACCAGUGAGAGAAACGAGCUGUUCGCACGUGUUCAGUCUGAUUUACUCGAUCAAAUUUCAACCAAACUCUCGACCCCUUCUUAAGGUAAAGUAAUCAAUUGUGAUGUGAUAAACGUUUUACGACGUCUUUCUCGACACGUUCAUCGAGGCAGAUAAAACCAACCAGAUAACUUGAUCAAUGUUUCCAAAUCACAGAGCGUACAACAAGCACCGCUGAUACGCGCCAUUGAUACGGCGACAACUGAGUUCGCAGACAGCUGCAAAUGGUGGAACGUAGUUACAGGGAUAAAAAGGAAUUGUAUCACAAUCAGAUUAUUAGAUAAAGCAAUUGAUAAAAUAGUUUUAUCGCAAUCUGGCCAUAGGGGAUAACACUUAACACGACAACAUAACACGAUAACUUUAGGAAAGUGCACUAGUAGACCCAUGGCAUCUACUGUAGUAAGUUGCAUUUGUAGAGAAAUAGCUGAAUAUCGUGUUACACACAUCGUACCAGAGGAAUGUCUUAACUAUGAGAUAAACCGGCUACGAACGUAUGAUCUGUUGUGGACAGUUCCUUACAUCUACCCAGAGGAACUAGCUCGUUGGGGCUUCUUCUACACCGGGCACCGUGAUUGUGUGCGCUGCUACUUUUGCCGCAUCGAGCUUGGAGGAUGGGACGAGCACGACGUCGUGAUAGAGGAACACUUGAAAUGGUCACCCCACUGCAGACUGAUGACCAAACGGCCAACAAACAAUGUGCCUAUUGAUCCAGACUUUCUCGAUCAGUUAGGGGAGAUCGUGCCCGAUACAACGGGCACAGGAAGCACGAGUGCCUGGUCUGCGGCAGCAACAGCAGCCGUGGCGGUGGCGAUGGAAUCGAAUAGGCUCAAUCGCCAGAACGAACUGGAAAGGACGCAAAAUGAUACGAUACUCUUCUAUAGGCAGAAGUACCCGCAGUACCGAAUAGAGGGCGAUCGGUUAGCUACCUUUAAGGAGUGGCCCAAAUCGAUGCCACAAACACCCGAGCGGAUGGCUGAUGCGGGAUUUUUCUACACCGGCAAGAGUGAUGUGGUGGCGUGCUUUUACUGCGGUGGCAAUCUGCGGGACUGGCUGGCCGAGGAUGACCCGUGGGUGGAGCAUGUGAGGAACUUUAGCGAAUGCCCGUAUGUGAAGCUAGUGAAGACGCCCGAGUUCAUUGCGGAAUGCCGGGGAGAGAAGGUCACAAACAGUGCGCUCACAGCCGGUCCGGAGCAUUCUGGACAUGGUAAUGUGAGCAAGGAUAAAGAGCAGGACGAAGUGUCGGAUGAAAAGUGUUGCAAAAUUUGUUUCACUCGACCAUUUGAUACGGUUUUCAUGCCGUGCGGACACGUGGUGGCAUGUGGCAGGUGUGCCGCCACUACUACCAAGUGUCCGAUGUGCAAUGAGCCGUAUACCAGCGUUCAGCGUAUAUAUUUUUCGUAAUUUCCCCCUUAACAACGGGUAGCAACGUUCUCAUCAAUCGUAUAGCAAUCAAGGGCGUGACACUUGACGUAUCGUAAAAGUACGUUACUAUCUGAAGAUAAGUUGCAAACCCAUGUAAGCCUUGGCGUUAUUUGCAGUCUCUCUAAUCUCGAAUGUAAGAUAAGAUUCCGUGAGGCUCUAUUUUGUCAUAAAUCGAUUGCGCUGGUUGACUCGACGCACUGAAACACUUUGUCGUUUUGCCGCUAAGAUUGACUAAAGCAAUACAUCCGUGACCAAAAUAGGGCAGCACAUCACAAAUCUAUCCUAUGUCGAGACUUGAGCGGGAACUGCCCUAAACGGAAUGCCUUGAAGUAGUGUUGAAUUGUGGAGCAAGGAGCAAUCUGAGCCAUAAAGUCUUAUGGCAGUAUGUUCGCAUACCACCCAUUACUACUUUAAUGCAUUCGCGAUGACUACAGGGGUUUGCAACGCAACCCACGAUCGGGAGCAAAUUUUACGAUUCAUUGUGUGUCAAUUCUAAGAUUGCGAACCUGAUGUAUGAAAACGUUGUCUAUGCCCGGGACUGUGGAACAUGAAUCCAAUAUUUUGGAACAUGAGUCGUUUCCUUUUGGGAGGUCAGUUGCCAAUGCUAACAUCAUUAUUCAACGCUCGCAAGAUGUUUUUUCAGCAGCACAGCUGCUAUUGCACUGCAAAACCAUCUCGCGAUCGCUGAACAUUUGCUGUUAACAUUCCGUAAAACAGUGUAAAAGAUACUUACAUAUUUCGAUCAACUACCAGUUACUCUGAAGAUCGAAGCUUCGUGUGUGACACAGUUGAUAUCUACAUCUUAAUAUGAGAACAGGUUAGAAAGACUGGAUAUUUUUAAAACCCAUCCUAAAUAUAUGACAACUGUACAGUGGGGACAUCUGACCCAAAUGCUUUCAGCUACCACCAUCGCCACCAUCAACAAUCCGGAAACUUCCUAGAAGUGCGUGCAAAGCACGGUUGUAUUUUAUAAAAAUCAUUGGCAAAUGUGUUAAAUCAGCUCAUUCAGUUUGUGAAUAAAAAAUAAUCAUGUAGGUAUGCAGCUUUUGUAAAAAAAAACUUUUUAUCGUAUCAUGUGACGGCGGUAUUACGGCAGUAAGUAACAGUAAUGAGAAACAGGACUUUCCGUUUUCGGUUCGUUUUAUCUGGCUCUAGAUAUUUCUAUCUAGAUAAGGCUUCAAUCCAGGGAUCAUAGUGAUGAUGAAUGUUUGGUAGACCGGAAAAAAACAACACGUUACUAAUGAAACUUUAUCAUUUUACAGUUAUGAGUUUCUUAUCAUAGUGAACUGUGGCGCUUUUUGUUUCGCUAUGUUGACGAAAGAUUUCUUCUUCUACAUUUGCUUAUUUCAUCUAUCGAGUACGACCUACUCUUCAUCCCCACCAUAAUCCCUUUUUCCCCUUGUUGCAUCUUUCCCCUUUCCCCUCACUUAGUUUUUUUUAAGUUAAAUAAUGUUUUAUUAAUCCCACGAGGAAGACAAUAGUUAGAGCAAGCAAAUAUAUACAUAAAAUAAAUAAAUAAAUAAAAAAUAAAAAAAUAUUACGAGAAAAAUAAA